UGUGCGCGCGCGUGGUGGAAAUGGUAGCAAGAUGGCGGCGUUGAAGGAGGAACAGUGCUACGGACUGUCCUGUGGAAGAGUGAGCAAUGGCAGUAAUGUAUCCGUCUUUCACGUUAAACUAACUGACAGCGCGUUGCGAGCGUUUGAAGGUUACCAAGGAACCAAGGGCCUCCCGACAGAACCUUUGAUUCGAUUUACUGGAAACCAAGGGAAAAUCUCAAUACCGCGACCGGAAAAUCCAAGCGAGCUGCGGACGUUUACUUUCUACCUGUCUAACGUGGGGAGGGACAACCCCCAGGGCAGCUUCGACUGCAUCCAGCAGUUCACCACCAGCGAAGGCAGCAUUCAGCUGGACUGCCUGGCCGGGAUCCAGGACAAGAUCACGGUGUGCGCCACCGAUGACUCGUACCAGAAGGCCCGCCAGAGCAUGGCGCUGGUGGAGGAGGAGACCCGCAGCCGGGGGGCCAUCGUCAUCAAGCCUGGCGGGAGAUACGUCGGCAAGAAGGUUCAGAUCCGGAAACCGGCUCCCGGCCUUUCGGACGUGGCGCCGUCUCGGAGGACGUCGCGGCCCGUCAUCAUCUCCAGCACGGCUCUGAAGAAGAGCGCCGCGCAGCAGCGGCCGCUGAGAGAGCGCCUCAGCCACCUGCUGGCCCUGAAGCCCUACAGGAAACCAGAGCUCAUCCUCCGGCUGCAGAAGGACGGCCUCUCGCAGGCUGACAAGGAGACUCUGGACAGCCACCUGCAACAGGUGGCGAACCUAAACGGCAAAGAUAACACCUUCACAUUGAAGGACUCUUUGUUUAAAGACCUUCAGAAGGACUGGCCAGGCUACACAGAGGGCGAUCAGCAGCUUCUCAAGAGAGUCCUCGUUCGGAAAAUGUGCCAGUCCCAGAACACUCCUGUGACCGCACCCCCUCCCGGACCCCCUCCGGCCCCUCCAUCUGAGAACCCCGUGAGCCCGCCCAAAGAGCUGGCCAGCCACUCCCCAUCUCAGAAACGACCCGCUGGCGACUUCAUCGACCCUCUGGGCAACAAGAAGCCUCGGAUAUCUCACCUGGUCAGCAAGGCUGCCGCCGGCCCGCCCAACGGCAAGCUCACCUCAUCCAACGGCAAAGAGGCGGGCGGGGGCAGAGACGGGGGCGGGGGCCACACGGCGACGACGACGGCGGCGGUGGCGGCGCCAACCGCGGCCUCCCAGCAGCUCCCCCUGCUAGACAUUCCGCGCCCCUUCGACCCGCUGUCCGACGUCAGCAACGACUCGAGCCACAACGGCCGGGACUGCGAGAGCCAGGAGGCGGCGCUGUCGGAGCGGCUCGGCCCGCAGCCCUCCCCCUUCUCGGGGCCCGGCGCCACGGCCAGCGCCGCCUCUCUCGCCGUGCCCGGCCUGGGGCCCGCGUCCCGGAGCCGCACGGGCCUCGCCGCGCCCCGGGACAAGAGUCCGUCCCUGCACAGCAAGUCCAAGAAGAAGUCGAAAAAACACAAAGACAAGGACAAGAGCAAGGAGCGGGAGCAGGAGAAGGAGAGGAGAGCGGCGGCGGCGGCGGCGGCGGUGGCGGCGGCGGCGGCGGCGGAGCCCAAGCGGAGCUGUGACCUCAUCAGCUCCAGUCCAGAGAACGCCAAGACCAGUAUUCCACACAGAAGCACAGAUAUCAACGGAGUGUUCAACAAUAGCAGUAUUCCCUCGUCCUCGUCUGAGAUGGCAGAUUAUACAACUACUGGUGAUUGGCUCCCGGAACAGCGGCAGACGUAUAAGACGGACUUCAACGCGGAGUACAGCGAGUACCGGGGACUGCACGCGCGGAUAGAGGGCGUCACCCGGCAGUUCUCCGUCCUGGACACUGAGCUCAAGCAGCUCCCCCAAGGCACAGACAAGUACAAGACAAUCCACGAUCAGAUACUUCAAGAGUAUCGCAAAAUAAAAAAGACUAACCCAAACUAUAGCCAAGAGAAGAAUCGCUGUGAAUAUCUACACAACAAACUGGCGCACAUAAAGAAACUUAUAGCCGAGUACGAUCAACUGCACCCACAAAACUGGCACUAGCUAGGCGUUGCUUCCGUAUUCUCAGUCAGAGGAAGGGAAAACUCUGGAUUGUGCUUUUGCUCUAAAAACAAAUUGAAAAAAAAA